AUGAUUGGCUCCGUGCUGGCUAUGGUGCUGUGCGAGGCGUUCUUUAGCUUGCGCAUGCGCAUCGUGUCCAGGGAGCUCGGGCAGUGGAUUCAGAUGGCGGAGGAACUCGCGGCUAAGAAGGUGCUCAGUAGCUGGCCGAGGUAUACGAGGUUUCCCAAGGGCGCUAGGGAGCUGCUGGUUCGGUUGGAGAGGGUCGCUGUUGACGGGGAAGAGGCGCUCAUGUUGAGGAUUGCGGAAUAGGAGUGGUUGGGAAUUGUUUAUCUGAUCUUUUCUUUUGGUGCCUCUUGUAAACUAGUGUUCAGUACGGCAUACUGAUGAUGGCCAAA